AUUCAAUCUUCAUAACUGUGAAAGUUGAUAAGAUGCCGUGCCCAAAAACUUGUAAAAAAUGUUAUUGUCCAAAGGAAGCACCCAUUCCAGCUCUUAACGUUCCAAUAGUUUGGAUUUUGGGUGGACCAGGUUCAGGUAAAGGCACCCAGUGUGAUAAAAUAGUCGAAAAAUAUGGAUUUACUCACUUAUCCAGUGGAGAUCUUCUCCGAGCAGAGGUUGAAAGUGGAAGCGAACGGGGAAAAGAACUUACCGCGAUAAUGGAACGCGGUGAACUAGUUCCCAUGCAGAUAGUACUAGAGCUCAUUAGAAACGCUAUCGUUAAAGCCCUGCCAACAUCGAAGGGAUUUCUCAUUGACGGAUAUCCCAGAGAAAGGGACCAAGGAGUUUUGUUCGAGGAAAACGUAGCACCCGUUAACAUGAUUAUAUUUUUCGAAGCGUCAGAACAAACUCUGAUCGAUAGAUUGUUGGGAAGGGCGAAAACUUCAGGAAGAGUCGAUGACAACCUUGAAACGAUUAAAAAGAGGUUGAAUACCUUCAAUACCUAUACCAAUGCGAUUUUGGAACACUACGCUAGCAAGUUGGUCAAGAUCAAUGCAGAACGAACAACAGAUGAAAUUUUUGCCGAAGUGACAUCAGUUCUGGACACUCUGGUGGCUUAAUUUGUUAAGUCGUUAAGGUAUAAGUACAAUUAUUAAAAUUCAACACCAAAUGUUAUUUUAGGGCAAAAAUGAAAUGUUUAUUUUUAAAUUAAGACUUUAUUUAUUGCAAAUAUAUUUUUAUUCUU